UGAUCCAACAGGUUUAGAGUCCUGUUUCUUUCUGUCACAGCCUGAGACACAGAAUGUCUAUACUUAGAUCAUCAAAUACUCUCACAUCAGUACAGGACAUAGACUAUAGAUACUCCAAAGAUACAAGCUGAAUUUAAAGAAGGCUCCAGAAGUGCUAUAUCUCUGUAAUCCUGUUUCCCUACCUUAUGAACCAGGCCAGCCAUUCACACAUACUAUAGUGGUUAUGAGAAUCAGAGAGUACACAGUACAUGCUCAAGUCUUGCUUUUGUUUCCAGGAACACUUGUGGAGAGUUCUCCAGCAUGGAUUCCAGCAUCUCAUACAGGAAGCAAGACAUAUUUCUGAAUGGAAGAGAUGACACUGAAACUUCAUCUUGUAACAUCGUGUCCUAUACCCCAGUUGUGCUUUCCUUCAUCAUUGCCCUGAUUGGGCUUGCUGGAAAUGCCACAGUGCUGUGGCUUCUGUGUUUCCGUGUGCACAGGAAUGCCUUCUCUGUCUACAUCCUCAACCUGGCUGGUGCAAACUUCCUCUUUCUCUGCUCUGGCAUUCUAGAUUACCUGGAAGUCAUCAUUGGCCUCUUCCAUCCCAUGAAGAUCAACAUCUCAUCAUCGUUUUUGUAUAGCUUGUACAUUUUUGCUUACCUUGCUGGUGUGAGCAUACUCACAGCCAUUAGUGCUGAGCACUGGUUGUCUGUCAUUUGGCCCAUUUGGUAUCAGCGUGGACGCCCAAAACAAACAUCAGCUGUCAUUUGUACUCUGCUCUGGGCUCUAUCCCUGCUGUUGAGCAUCCUGGAAUGGCAGGGUUGCAUACACCUACUUAAUAUACAUAAUGCUGAUUGGUGUGUGAAACUAAAAAUCAUCAUUCUUGUAUGGCUAUUUGUUUUAUUUUUCAUACUUUCUCGGUCCAAUCAGGCCAUGCUCGUCAGGAUCUUCUGUGGAUCACAGAAGACUCCUGUGACCAGGCUGUAUGUGACCAUUGUGCUCACAGUGGUGGUCUUCCUGAUCUGUGGCCUCCCUUUUGGGAUUAGUGUCUUCCUCCUAAAGUGGACAGAGGAUGUUGAUUCUAUUGUGCAUUGUGAAUCAUUUUGGGGGAUAAUAUUGCUCCUAUCCUCUGUUAGCAGCUGUGCCAAUCCCGUCAUUUGCUUACUCGUUGGCUCUAUUAGGCACUGCCAAUGCCAGUGUGGGGAUCUCAGGCUGCUUCUGGAGAGAGCAUUGCAGGACAGUCCUGAGAAAGAAAGUGAAGGCCACGAAGAGAGCACUACACUCUAG